AUACACAAUUGGUUCUUGUAUUUGCAUAAAAAGACUUGCCAAAAUAUUGUACAAAUUAAAAUAAACUUUCGAUCAUUAUUAGUGAAAUUUAAGUUCCAGUUCCUAUUAUAAAGAAACGAGCUUGAUAUAACGAUAAUUCCUAUAAACACAUUGUGGUGGCGUCAGCACUGAUUGUGACUCACUUUACAAAUUUCGCGAACCUAAAAGGAGAAAAAAUCGCAACCACUUGCUAAGUCAUCAGUUUGACGUAAACACCCGUACUUAAUAAUCACGUAAUGGCUGCAGUCGGUGAAAAUGAACCACGCACAGAGUUGCAGGAGUUGCAGCUUAAGUCUGCCCAAGUGGCUGAUGAGUCUUUGGAAAGUACUCGUCGUAUGCUCAGCUUGAUGGAUGAAUCCAAAGAGGCUGGCAUACGCACUCUGGUCGCCCUAGAUGACCAGGGUGAGCAGCUGGAUCGUAUCGAGGAGGGCAUGGAUCGCAUCAAUGCUGACAUGCGAGAGGCCGAAAAGAAUCUCAGUGGCAUGGAGAAAUGCUGUGGUAUCUGUGUAUUGCCAUGGAAGAAAGUCAACAUUAAGGACGACAGCGACAGUGCAUGGAAAGCCAACGACGAUGGCAAGGUUGUCGCCAGUCAGCCACAGCGUGUCAUAGACGAGCGGGAACGUGGCGGCAUGGGAGCACCUCCCCAAUCCGGGUAUAUAGCACGCAUUACCAACGAUGCACGCGAAGAUGAGAUGGAUGAGAAUUUGGGACAAGUCAACUCAAUGCUCGGCAAUUUGCGCAACAUGGCCUUGGACAUGGGAUCAGAGCUAGAGAACCAGAACAAGCAAAUUGAUCGCAUCAAUGCCAAAGGCGAUGCAAACAACAUACGCAUGGAUGGUGUUAAUAAGCGCGCAAACAAUUUGCUCAAGAGUUAAACGCCGAAAUUCUCAGCACAUGAAACGUUGAUGAUAUACAUAUGAUAACCUAAUUAGAAGCUUCUUCUCAUGCUCCACUCCGCUCUUCACUUACGUGGUACAACUUACUAA